AUGGCCACUGUACAUCCAUCUAGAAUGAGGCUGGUCCCAGGAGGAUCCCAUCCUCCUAUUCCUCCUGCUUCAAGCGAUAGAAAUGGGGAGGGGUCCAGGGAAGAGGAACUAAGAAGGAAAUUGAUGGAACGUAAACGAGGUGACGAAGGUGGAUCCAGAGAACGAGACGACAGAAGAGAAAGGGAUAGUAGAGAUGACAGAAGAGAAACCAGAGAUGAUAGAAGAGAUAGGGAUGGUGAUAGGAGAGAUAGAGACAGGGGGGACGAUAGGAUACGGGACAGGGACGGAGAAGCUUUCCGAUCAUAUGAAUUAAGACGUGAUGAACGGGACGGACGGGACGGACGCGAUGGUCGCGAUCGAAGAUCUAAUCAAGAUGAAAGACCAAGAAGAGCAUCACCAUCUUAUAGACCAUACGAUCUGUCCGCUCCUCCGGCUCCAGGUGGUCCACCUCCUCCUCAAGCCCAAGGUCAAGGAUAUGGAUAUGGAAGAAGAGAUGAUUUGCCAGGUGGACCUGCUCCUCCUCUGUGGAGACCUGAUGGUCCUCCUCAUGGAAUGGGAGGUGGUGCCGGCUCCGGUGCCGGUCAAAGAGGUGGAUGGCAGAAUCCUCCUCCACCGAAUAGGUUUAACGGUAAUAUGGAUUUCGAAAGACGAAGGGAGGAACGUGAAAAUAACCCUUUAUCAAUCUGGCCUGAUUCACCUAAAAGACCUUAUCAAGACGAAGACGAAAUUGAAGCAGAACGAAAGAAGAACAAAGCGAAAGCCAAAGCAGCCCGAAAGUCAAAAUCGUCAAAAUCAAAGCAUAAGUCAUCCAAACAUCGAUCUUCCAAGAAGUACUCGGACGCCUCAUCUUCAGAAACCGAUUCAGAAGAAGAGGAACGAAGACGACGACGUCGAAAGGAGAAAGAAAGGGAAAGAAGAAAAAGACAUGACAGCGUCUCUGAUAGUGAUGAUGACAGAGAGAGAAGAAGGAAGAGGAGGAAGUCAAAGUCGAGGAGCGAGAUCAGGGAUGAAAAUGAUGAACCCGAUUUAGCAGAUCAAUGGGUCGAAAAGGGUGGUGAGGUAGUUCUCAUCCCGACCGAAAAAGAUCGAGAAAGGGUAGAAAGUCAUUAUCAAAAGGCAUCACCCGAGAAGGAAAUAAAGAGCAUCCCAGUUGUAAACGACGACAGUGAUGAUGAGAUCGGACCUCAAUUACCUUCGGAAGUAAGACAAGGCAAGAUGGAUAGACAUGCGUUCGCAAACAUGAGACCGGGAGAAGGAGAGGCAUAUGCAGCAUAUGCAGAGUCAGGUGAACGUAUCCCACGAAGAGGUGAAAUUGGUAUGGACGCAAACAUCAUUGAAAAAUUCGAAAAUUCAGGUUAUGUCAUGUCUGGAUCAAGACAUCAACGUAUGAAUGCCGUUCGAAUGAGAAAAGAAAAUCAAGUCAUCAACGAAGCUGAAAAGAGAGCUAUAUUGAAACUGCAAAGAGAAGAAAAAGAAAAGAAAGAAGGCAUGAUCAUCACUCAAUUCAAAGAGAUGAUGGAAGAGAACCUGAGAAAACAAGGUAUUAAUCGACCUUAA